ACCAUGUUCAAACCCAAGCCGUUAACCAUAUUACAAGUGUUUGGAAAGCUUACAGAAAUCGCUAACAUGUCCGGCAAUUCAUGUGAGGCCGAAUACCUGAUUCGCAGUCUGCAAGGAAAGCUGCGUAUUGGGCUUGCUGAGCAAUCUGUCCUGGCUGCCCUCGGUCAGACUGCUGCCACAAGUCCUUUCCAUUCAAUCAGGUCAGUACUCUCCUCGGCUGUGGGUGCACUUCCACCAGAUCUCCUGGACGCCAGCAAAAGCUGCUCUCCAGACGCUUGGAAGGCUCGUUUAGACACGGUCGUGGAGAGAGUAAAGCAGGCCUAUUGUCAAUGUCCCAACUACGAGCGUGUUGUAGAAAGCCUACUUGAGGACGGCCCAGACACUGUGCACCUGCGAUGCUGCAUCACUCUCGGUAUUCCGCUCAAACCGAUGCUGGCCCAUCCCACUCACGGCUUCCAUGAGGUGCUAAAGCGCUUUGAUCAGUCAACCUUCACUUGUGAAUAG